GUGAGCGGCAAUCGGCCAUGGCAAUUCAGUAGUAGCCGCGACGCCACGCCGCGCGCACGUCCGGCGCCCCGCGCCGCUCCACGUACAAACUUCGUGUGAUGUAACAAAGUGGCCGUGUUAUCUCGUGUUGACGUUAGUGCUAGCAUUGUCUCGCGUGUUUACGUUUCCAUAUGAUUGUUCUAACCACGCUUUACAAGGUUGAAACUUAAACACACAUAACCUAAUUUAAAAACAAGUGAACAUUAAAAUAAAACAAGUGAAAAACAAAACGAACGCAACAGUGAUUCAAACAAACCAAAGUGAUGCGUCCAAACAAAUGCAAGAAAUUCAAAUUCAAAUGAUUCCAUGACGUCACGAUGGCUCUCAGGCAUGAUGUCAGCACCAUGGAGGCAGCAUACCUCCCAGCAGAACCGCCACCCAUCGCAGAAAUCAUCUACGAACCACGUGACUUAGCUUCCGAAUACUUCAACACAUUCAACCAAAUCUGUGAGAACUAUAGAAGUGAUUCUGAUGUGAACCUUCGGCAAACCUCGGACAGUCUUCGGCUGUCCUCGGAAAUCUUAGACGGUGUUCGCUCCGAAUAUGUUAGUACUGACUUUACAAGUAAAGACUAUGAUGUGAACGCUUCAAAAGUGUUUUCUAGUGCGAAGGACGAACAUGUGUUUCAAUUUGGACAGCCUGAUGCCUCGGCCUUGUUGAGGCAUAGGGCGAGGAGAAGAUAUAAUGAGGAGCAUGGUCUUCAGCCUCCAGCUACUACUAGUCAAGAAAGUGGGUACGGCAGUGAUGAAUUCGGCCACGACUCCCCGAGCCGGUACGCGUCGCCGAAAGGCGCGGGCGCCGGGGCUCCCUACCAGGAGGCGUACUACGCGGGCGGGGAGUGGGGCGCGCCCUACUACCAGCCGCCGCCGGCGUACCAGCACGACCCCUAUGCCACUUCUCCAGGCAUAGCGGGCGCUCCGGUGGGCGAGGCGGGCGGCGGCGCGGAGCUGCCACUGCCGCCGAUGUCGUCGUUCCGCGCGGCCGCUCCGCACCACUCGCCCACAGACCCCAUGCUCGUCGCCAAGCCGCCGUUACAGCCUAUGUACGGCGGCUCCGGCAGCACGCCAGUAGGUGCGGCCGAAGCCGGCAGCCUCUCCUCAUACGGUUCGUCGCCGUCCACGCCGGUGCACUCCCCGCCGCCGCUGCACGCGCGGCUGUACCCGCCGCUGAAGCACUCGCCGCAUCCCCACCCUCACGCUCAUCAUGUUAUACACCACAAUGGACAGCAAUCAAACUGGGUAUCCUCAGGCGUGUCCUCCCCGCCGUCCGGCUCGACGCCGCACGCGCCCCUGCCGCCGCUGCCCAACGGUCACCACCAGCCCAUGCCCGUGUUCCCACCUUCGGCUAUGGUGAGUGGCGCUCCGGCCGAGCAGCGUCAGCUCGACGAGGCGAUGGUGUUCCUGCGAGAUCACAAUGACUGCGGAGCGCGUAUGGAGGAGCGGCUGGACGACGCCAUCAACGUGCUGCGCAACCACGCCGAGGCGCCCGACCUGUUCCCGCACGAGCUGCCGCAUCCCAUCGCCACGCACCAAGCGCCGCCAGUGUCGCGACUGGGCGUGGGCGGCGCGUUGCCGCAGCUACACUCGGAGCCGCCCAUCAAGAUGGAGCGGCACGUCUUGCCUAAUACCAAGAAACGCAAAGAGCCCCCGGACUCGGGCGUGGAGUCGAAGCCGUCGUCGUCCGGCUCGGCCGACGCGCUCGCCGCCAAGCCGCCCAGCUCCAAGCGCUCCAGGCGAUACUCGACCAACCCCGCCAUGCCCAGCUGCUCGUCGGCCGAUGAGGAUGACCUCGACCCUGACACCAAGGCAGCUCGCGAGAGAGAGAGGCGACAGGCCAACAAUGUUAGAGAAAGGAUAAGAAUACGAGAUAUAAACGAAGCACUGAAGGAGCUCGGCAGGAUGUGCAUGACCCACCUCAAGAGUGACAAGCCACAGACCAAGCUUGGUAUCCUGAACAUGGCCGUCGAGGUCAUCAUGACGCUCGAGCAGCAAGUCAGAGAACGUAACCUAAACCCGAAGGCGGCAUGCCUGAAGCGGCGCGAGGAGGAGAAGGCGGAAGAGGCGCCCAAGCUGCUGCCCGCGCCGCUGCAGCACUACCAGCCCAUGCCGGGCAUGGGCCAGUUGCCCGGGCAGCCUCCCUCCGGAGCGCCGCCGCAAUAGCGACGCGCCGCGCGCUAGCUACGCACUGCGACACGCGACACAAUCGUGCGACAUCGCACGACGCUGCGACAAACGCACCAACUUGCGACACAUAGCUGUCGCACGAGCGACACACUUGAAACGGGCACGUGCACGUGAGAAUACAAACUGUUGUGAAUGGGUAAUAACUGUUUAUGUUUAUGAGAUAAAAAUCAUACGAAUUUUGCAGAAAUAUGGUCGUAUUUUUUAUUUAUUUUGUUAUUAGUAAAAAAAAUGGGAGAUUAAUGAUUUUUCAGCCGUAAUUUUAAGUCCCGUAAGGACGUAUUCUUUUUUUUAUUUAUUUAUCAUGGUUUUUGUUUAAAAAUUGGAUAUUUAUGAGUUAAAAAAGAAAAUAGAAUUGAACUCGUCAUAAUUUCCAGAGUAAUGUACAGGCUGUUGUUUAUUUGUUCAUCAAAAUAAUCAAAUGUAUUACAUGAUUUUUGAUUGUUGUAAAAAGAUCUGAAUCUUGCAUGAAAUUUAAUUGUGCAUGACAAUCGGUAUUUGUUUAAUUGAAUAAUACAUAUACAUUAAUUAAAAUUGUCAGCCUGUAUAUUUUUAGAAAAUUUUAUUUUAUAUAAACAUUGACAGUUGUUACCCAUUAAUUUUAAUACUCGAUAUUAAAAAGAAGAGAGAUAUUUUUUGUAAACCAAUCUCGCGAUGCCACGUGGGCCAAAAUCGUUGCAUUUUAUUUUUUCUUAUUAUUUUUGAAAGCCCGUUGAACGGGAGUGGGAUACUGUCUUCCCGUCGGAAGAAUGCCAUAAGUAAAAGUUUACAUUUUACUUUAUUUAGUAAGUUUUAUUUUAUUUUAUAAGUACACACUACAUUAGCAGGUUUUUAAUGAAAAAUCAAUCUUAUUUUUGUGCCCAGUGACUGUUGGGUUUGAGUUGAAAAUUACCGUUUUUUGAUAGAUUUUUUUGGCUCUCUAUAAAAUAUUCUGGAAUAUAAUCUUUUAUUGAAUGUUUUUCUACUAUUUACAAAUAGAUCUUUAGUUCUUUUCAUUCUUUUUCGGGUAAACUAUUGGUCUGUUUGUAAAUAAACUUUCCUCUUGAUCUAAAUGAUUAAAUUUUUCUCUAUUUCACCUAACUAAUAUCAAAAUAACGAAUUUAAAAAUCAUGACAAUUUACAUUUAAAACUUUGAACAUGACGGGACGGCAAUUACAUCACUGAACAUUUUGUAUCUUUUUCUACCCAUCUCUUACUCUGGCACCAUCAGAGUCCGCCUUAAAUAAUGGGUACUAACUGCUGUCUGCUGUCAUCGUUAUUACGUCAUCACCGGUCGUUUUCAACUCAACCUCAGCUAAAAGCCUACAUCGGACAAGAGUUCCAAAGAAUUAUUUAAAUAAAACUAAAAUUUAACUAAAAAUAACUAAAAAAUUGUAAACAGCAGUGCGUAGUGACUUAUAUUUCGGACUCUUUAGUACAUAAGUGUGUAUAUUACUAGUAUAGAAAAUAGUUUUAUAAAAAACUUAACAUCAGACGACAGAGAAGAUUUUUUAUGUCUUAAAUCCAAAGACAUAAUCCAUGUAAAAUAUUAACUUAGUAUAUAUGUAUAGGUAUAUGAUAGGUAUAAAGAAUUGAGAAAAAAAUGAAAGAUAUUUUUAAUUACGAUUUUUUUUUGUAUUUUUUCUCUAUUUCGCUGCCAUAGACACCACUUCACCGCUUUUUGCUGAGUUUAAGAAGCUAGACAAUAAAUAAAACGGUUUGUUGUUUUGUUAUCCUUUCUCGAAAACAAGUGGUGUAUAUCUUCAUGAUAUUUUUUUUGUAAAUUUGUGAAAAAAAAUGAUUAAAAAUGAAGGUAGUGAUUGUGCUUGAUAAAUAAUGAAAAAUACUUAUGAAAAUAGUACUUAUUGUAUAAUAUUGUAAUGGAGGUAUUUAGAUUGGUGAUCUACAAAUUUACAAAAGGAAUAUUAUUAGUUAAAAUAAAUAAAAUAUGGCUGCUAACUUAAGAUUGUACUUAGUGACACUUUUGUACCGAAACUCCAGUGAGUCAUUGACACUAAAGCUGUUUUUUGACAUAAUUUUGGAUAAUUACCGCGGUCCAUCUACGAGCUAAACGUAGUAUUAUAUUAUUUUUAUUAUAAUUCUCUUUUUUUUAGAAUAUAUUCGGUAGCUAUUCGCCUUGAGAUCGUAAACUUAUGCAGUUUUUUGUGUAAGUUUUUUUUAUAUUAUUUUGUUUUUAUUUUUCUUUUAAAUAUUUGUCAUUUGCUAUUUUUUCUGAGACAGAGAAACAGUGACUUUUACGAAAUAGAAGAAUGGCAAAUGAGAUAAUUUUUUAUUCCGUUAUCAAGAUGUACUAUUUUAUGUUUUCAAACUUGCAAUUUUUACGAUUGAACUGCCUAAAAGUUGAAUGAAAUUGAUAUGUGUAAUAUGAAAUAAAAUCUGGAAUAUUUGGAUCAAACUGUAUUUAUUGAAAAAAAUCAAUGCGCACAAUAUAGCCCAACAAAAAACUCGUCAAAAUUGCAAGUUUGAUAAUCAAAAUCACAAUUUGAUUAUACCCUGUAUAUAUUCAUCAAAAAUUCUAUAUUUUAGAAACCCGCUCAUUGAUUCAGUAAUAAAUCGAUAUCUGACUAUUUUGAUACUAAAUUAUGAUUGUUAUUAUAUUUGAUGACAUUAUUAUGUUUUUCCGAAACGACUAUAAUACGUACUUUUACAGUUGCUCACGUAAUGAGUAUAGUAUAGUAUCUUUAGUUGUUUCGAGUAUAUGUCGGGGUUAGUCGAUUUUUUACGAUUAUCGAGUCAUGAUCACAUCACUACACAUAUUUUCGGGCUGCAAAAUUAAAAAAAAGAUGAUUUAUUUAUUUGGUAUUAUGAAUUUUAUGAAAGUUAAAAAAUAUGUGGAUUAUUAUUUUUUUUAAUCAAAGAUACCAGUCACAUGCUCGGUAAUCAAGAAAAUCCGAUUAAAAGUUCGUCAAAAUUAUAAAAUUUGAACAAAUUGUUAAAAUUCGGGAGUUAACAUUUUGUUCCGAAGUUUAUAGUUUUGUCGAACUACCCGACAAAUCUAUCCAUCGUUUAGUUUAGACUAAAUAGUACUCUGUAUUAUAUAGCUUUAAGGUUGAUUUUCCCUCAAUCAUUCAACAUUAAUGAUCCUGUAUAUUUUGUAGAGCCCGACUUUGUUAUAACUUUCUAAAAAAAAACUACAAAGUACUACUAAAAAGUAUUUCAUUAUUAUUUUCUUAAGAAAAAAGUUUUUUUAUAUCGUGUUUUAAAAAUCUUGGUAUUUUGUGUUUUUUUUUUUUUAGAAAAUUAUAACUAAUUUGGGCUUUUAAAAUUUAUAUUGAUUAUUCCAAAUAUUUUGCUUGAACACAAUUAUUAUUCGAUUGAUUUGCUCGUCAACUGUCAAUAUUUUUCAAAUUGCAAGUCCUGUUAUAAUAUAACUGAAUGCUGGUCAUACUAACAAAUGAAGAAAAAUGAAAAUCACAUAGAAAUGAGCUGUUUUUGUCGACAAUUUUAUUUCGUUAUGUAGGGCCUUAGUUCACCGACAACGUAAAACGUCUCUUUUUCUUCAAACAAAUGCUUACUUUGAAAAUUGAACUUCACAAUUUAUAGUAAAUCGUUGUUUUAAGAAAACUCAGGAUCUUAUUGUCGGUGAACUUGGGGCUAGUUCAAAUAUUUUAGAGACAUGUCGGUGAAAAUUCAUUCAGGACAGCCUCAAAGUUUAACAUGAAAUAAAAAAUAUUGUAACUCGUUCAAAAGUAUCAAAAUUGUUUACCCAGAGGUAUGAAAUGUAAACGCAUGCAACUUAGUUUUGGUUGAAGAAACAGAAAUUAUACAAUUAUUGUUUUUUUUAACAAUGAAUUCGUUUUGUAUGUGAUCUAUUCGGUAUCAUGAUUUUUGUGAGUGAUUACUAGUUUAAAGUAUAAACUUGCUCGUGAAAUCUACUGCCAAAACUAAGUUCUGAAGUUCUCUAAAACUGAAAUAUGUAAUGCGCCAUCCAGACUUGCAACUUUAAGGACGUAAAUGAUCUUACAAAGUUCAAAAUAUCUUUUUAGUAUUGUACGUUAGUUGUAAGUCUUACUAUCGCCCUUUUAGUUUAGUUUAGUUGAUUCCUCUUCCAUUUAGCGAUAAUUAAGUUUUUUAUUAUUAUUAAUUAUCUAUAAUUUGUUGUCUAUGCGUACUAUGUAGGUCUAUUUUAAGAUUUUUUUAAAAAGGUACGCAUUCACCUGUAAUUUAUUCACAUCGAUGCUCACUACCGAUGAAUGGUUCGAUUAGACACUCAUGUAUCCUGGAGAUUGUGUACAAAAUGAGGCUUUUUGUUAUUUUAUUUUUUGUUUUUGUCAAUGGCAACCCCAGCAGCCUAUGUAACAUAGAGCAUUUGUUUUCUUUUCCUGUUCAAAUGCAUAGAUUAAAAUAUAACUACAAGAAAGGUCUAAUUAUAAAAAUGAAUAAUAUUAAUUAAAUAUAAAUGUGCCAUUCAUUUUGCUAA